CCCACUGGACGCCAUCUUCCACAUGUGCCAUCGAGAUCAAUUUUUAUUUUUUUCACGGAGACCGCAAAAAUGCAAGGGCGCCCUCAAUGAGAAGAUGGCGGCUCGCAUGGGAGGUCGUGUUGUGGUUUUUGGUGUGGUUUUGGUGUCCGUUUUGUCUCCUUUUGUAGGGGCUCUUGGUGAAGAUAGCUUCCGGGAGGAAUUGUUCUUCAAGCCUCUGCAGAGUGGGCAUGUUUACUCGCACUUCCAGUUUACAACAAACUGGAAUGUGAGCCACACAAAUAAUGUGAAUGAAAUGUCCCACUACAACCUGUUUCCCAAGGCUCUGGGGCAGGUCGUCGCAAAGUACUCGGUCCAGGAACUUCACCUCUCCCUGACCCAGGGGCAGUGGAGGACCGAGAAGUGGGGGUAUCCGAUCACGUCUGCUCCCCCCGCACAACUGUGGGUCUGGUUCAAACCCUCCACGCCAAAUAUUGACGAGUCGUGGAAGGGACUCAUCAAUGCCCUCUCUGGUUUGUUCUGUGCUUCACUCAACUUCAUCGACGACACCAACUCGGCCAAGCCGAAAGUAUCCUUCAAGCCGGCUGGGCUGGCCUCAGAAUCUUAUUCCAAGAACUCAGCCAACAUGCGCUAUGCCUCCUUGCCCAGAGAGAACGUCUGCACUGAGAACCUGACGCCCUGGAAGAAACUCUUGCCUUGUGAUUCCAAGGCUGGCCUUUCCACUCUCUUCCACGCAGGCAACCUCUACAAUGCCAACUACCAUUCCCUAGCCGUCGACCUGCGGCCCGUCUGCGAUGAUUACCCAGCCUGCACCAGGCCGGCCUUGGAGCUCAGCCAAUCCCUGGCCGUGGUGUUCAACCCGCCAGCCAAUCACGACGGCAAGCAGGACUGGACGCUCAGAAGCCUGUUUGAGCGUCCGUUGAGCACGACGUGCCCCAUGGCCAACGAAAGCAAGAUCUAUGUGGAUAUCACCGAGAAAAGUGAGUCUAACCCAUGGUUGCUUACACCAGAAUCCACGACAGUCACCAACAACAGGGGGCGCACUUACACUGUUUACGAUUUGAAGGAGAUCACAAAAGAGCACAAGAUAAAUGUGGCCAUGAAGUGGAAUGACAGUGUGCACUAUGCACCGGUGAGGCCACCCCACCUGCACGCCCACCGUUUCCUGUCGGGUUUUGGCCAGGAGCGUGGCGGUAUCACCUGCCAGCUCUUCAACCAUCACCCUACCGAGGCCCUGCCCGUGGUGUACAUGGAGACAGUGCCCUGGUUCGUUAGGCUGUACCUGCACACACUGAGAGUGGAGAACAACAAACGUGUAGUCAAACCAGAGAAGCAGCUGUACACCCCAGGUAACGACCGAUCCAACCCAUACCUCCUGGAGAUAGUCUUGACCCUACCGCCUCAGUCGGUUACCACUCUCAGCAUCCAGUUUGACAAGGCUUUCCUCAAGUGGACUGAGUACCCGCCCGAUGCCAACAUUGGCUUCCACAUCAGUUCCGCAAUUGUGUCUGCCCUGAUGCCUUCGUACGCCAACUUCACAGCAACAGAUCUGCACAGUGCCAGACUGCAUACAAGCACGGUCAGUGACCCCAUGCCCGGCACCCCCUUCCUGCGCAUCUACACCGAGCCCCUCCUGAUCCAACUCCCCGUCCCUGACUUCAGCAUGCCGUACAACGUCAUCUGCCUCACGUGCACCGUCGUGGCCAUCGGCUUCGGGUCUCUCCACAACCUCACCACGCGCCGCUUCGUCCUCUCGCCGACCAAAAAACCCACAGGGGGUCUCAAGUCCAAGAUCUUGAAGUUCUUCGGGCGGUCUCCGGCCAAGGAGGAAGGGAGCACGCCCGCAGAUGAAGAGAAGGAGGAGGAGAGAGUUGUUCGGGAUAGAAAGGCCGGUGGUGAUAAUGGAAAAGACUUGAGAACUGAAGACAGUUGAUGCAAUAAACCAGACUUUUGAAGUUGAUAUAAGUAUGCACUAGAAUGAUUUAAUUUUAUGUAUAUAGCUUUGUUAAAUCACUUUUUGCAAAUUGCACUGAAAAAUUUCAUUAAUUGCACAUUUUUAUAUAAUUAUACAGUUCUUAAGAUGUCAUUUAAUGACAGGAUACAAAGGUUAUUGAUAAAUUUCAAGCAGUUUUUCUAAAGGAAACAGUUUACAGUAGUGAUUGAAUGAUUUUUCAUCCUCAUCUGCUCUAAGUAAGUACUGUAACUCCAAACUCAUUCUUUCUUGCAGCAUUGUCAGCUAUUUCAUACACCACCUCAUUUCAGUAAUCCUAAAUAUGCUCUACAUUGUCUUCCUUAUGUAAAUAAAGCUUAAUUGUUAUUUUAAACCAA